AAAACGCCCAGCAAUGGAAGGGACCUACAUUUGAAGACGAUUUCUUUCGUAAGUCGUGAAGAACCCAUUAGGGUUUAUUUUCGUCUCCUCCGAUCGGUCUACGGUGCUUGUCUCCGUUCAGUGGUCGCUCUGCUGUCGGCGGACGCUGCUGGUUCCGGUUACUGAGUGCCGUCAAAAAUCGUACAUUUUGUGUAACCGUUUGGGGCGAGGUAAUGUAUUAUUUUACAACUGAAAUACCAGAUGGAAUACAGCUCUGGUGAAGAGUCUGAUUUCAGUGAGUCAGAGAUUGCUGAGUACAAAGAUAAACCAUAUGAGCAACUGAGGAAUGGAACCUAUAAAGUUAAAUUUCCCAAUGGCAUCCUUCGGUGUCCUUUCUGUGCCGGGAAGAAAAAACAGAACUUCAAAUACAAAGAUCUAUUACAACAUGCUUCGGGAGUGGGCAAAGGUUCUUCCAAUAGAAGCGCAAAGCAAAAGGCUAACCAUCUUGCCUUGGCUAUAUACUUGGAGAAAGAAUUGGCAGAUGAGGCUGAGCAACUGCCAAAAGUGGCGGCUCCACCACCUGCCCCUCCAAGUUCCGAAGAAAAUGAUUUGUUUUGCUGGCCUUGGACUGCGAUUGUGGUUAACAUAGUCAAAGAGCCCGAAAGUGGGAAAGAUGUGGAGAACACAGAAUAUUGGAUGAAGAGAUUUUCAAAAUACAAGCCUGAAGUGGUUGAGAUCUUAUGGGAUGAUCAAAAGCAGAAAGCACAAGCUUUGGUGAGGUUUAACAAUGAUUGGAUUGGGUUUAAGAAUGCCAUGGAGUUUGAGAAAGCGUUUGAAGCUGAUCAUCACAGUAAGAAAGAAUGGGUUGCUGCCGAAAAUCCUCCAAGUUCGAGUAUUUAUGCUUGGUUAGCUCGUUCAAAUGACUUUGAAUCACAAGGGCCAAUAGGAGAUUAUCUUCGCACGGAAAGAGAGCUGAAAACAAUUUCUGAUCUCGUUCAUGAAGCUGUAAAAACUAGAAACAAAGCAGUGGUUGAGUUGGCUACUGAGAUUGACAUGAGGAAUGAAAAUCUUGAUGAUUUGCAGAUCAAGUACAAUCAGAAAAACAUGUCUUUGAGUAGGAUGCUUGAGGAGAAAGAUAGCCUUCAUCAAGCUUUCUACGAAGAGACAAGAAAGAUGCAGCGCCUUGCACGGGAGCAUGUUAAAAGGGUAUUAGAUGAACAAGAAAUAUUGAAUGCCGAUUUGGAGAAGCGGAGGAAAAAACUCGAUUUGUGGAGCAAAGAACUUAAUAAGAGGGAAGCCUUAACGGAACGCGAGAAACAAAAAUUAGAUGACGAAAAAAGGAAGAACGAUGUUCAAAACAACUCUCUGCAUAUGGCGUCCAUCGAGCAGAAAAAAGCUGAUGAGAGUGUCUUACGACUGGUUGAAGAGCAAAAGAGAGAGAAAGAGGAGGCUCUGAAGAAAAUCCUCGAUUUAGAGAGACAGUUAGAUGCCAAACAGAAACUGGAAAUGGAAAUAGAAGAAUUGAAAGGGAAGCUGCAAGUGAUGAAGCAUCUAGGGAACCAAGAUGAUGCUGCGGUUCAAGAAAAAAUAAAAGAGAUGGAUAACGAGCUGCAAACAAAGAUGGAGGAGAUGGAGGACGUAGAAAACAUGAAUCAGACUCUUAUGGUUAAGGAACGCCAAAGUAACGAUGAGUUGCAAGAAGCUCGGAAAGAGUUGAUCAAAGGUCUGCAAGAUAUGUUGAGUGGACGAACUAAUAUUGGGGUGAAGAGGAUGGGAGAACUCGAUACAAAAGCCUUCUAUGAUGCAUGCAAGGAGAAGUUUGAACCUGAAGAAGCUCAGAUCAAGGCCACUGAAUUGUGUUCUUUGUGGCAGGACAAACUUAAAAACUCAGAGUGGCAUCCAGUGAAAGUUGUUGCAGUAGAUGGUGCACAUAAGGAAGUGAUUAAUGAAGAUGAUGAACUGCUAAAGAAUCUCAAAGCAGAAUGGGGGAAUGGCAUAUUUGAUGCAGUGGUUGCCGCAUUUAAGGAGAUGAAUGAAUACAACCCUAGUGGCAGAUACGUGAUUAAUGAACUUUGGAACUUCAAAGAUAAUCGAAAAGCCACAUUGAAGGAAGUUAUUAGCUACAUCUUGAAGAAUUUGAAGAGCUUGAAGCGCAAGAGAUGAUAAGAUGCAGAGCUGGCAAUUCCUUGAUGGCAAUCAUGAGGAAAUCUCUCAAAAGCAAUGAAUUUAUGUGAAUUUUUAGGAAUUGUGGACUUGUAUUUGGACCUGUGUAGUUUUAGAAGUGGCUACUUCUCUAAUCUGAACCUCCUCCUUCUGCCUUCUUUAUGGAAUGCUUUGCCAUUGCUUUUUUAACAA